GAUUUGAAAAUAGUUUAAUAUCUACUUGACGUGACUCACUGAUUUUCAGGUGAAACAGGAUAUCUAUCAAAAUGUUCGAUUGACGGUUUUUUACUAUGUCAAGAACAUCAUAAAUUCCUACAAUCUUUUAUUUAAAUUUUCCUUUCGAAACAAAUUCAUCAAAAUAGAGCCCACAACGUAGCGAAGGAAAUUUAUUGGAGAAUUACAAACCCCGGAGGGUGAGUAGUAAAUAACCGACAGCUCCAACCCCAAACAGUGCUUAGUUCCCGGCUCGAAAUUGCCAGGGUUGGACGUGAAGGAGGAGGAAACUCAUCAUUGUUGUCCUCAAGUGUUGAAUAGCGAGGGUGAAAAAUCGUAUCCCUUUACGGGUACUCCUUGCUUUCUCGUUCAUUUGAUUUUCUAUUCAUGCGCAGUGGCCGUGUUGUUUAUAGUCCUCGUACUCGUAAUAGCUCAUCAUCUUCAUCAUCUGUAGUACGGGUACAAUCUGAAUUGCAAUUUUUUGUGGUGAAUAUUAUUCGGUAUUAAAGUGAAAUCAAGUGUUAAAUGCUAGAAUGGCCGAGGAAGGGGGCAAACCCGAAGGAGAGGGUGAUAAGAAAGUUGUGCACGUGUAUCCACUAGUUAAGCAUUCUGAUAUGGUCGAGGAAAUGCGAACGGAAGCGAUUGAAUUGAGUAUCACAGCCUGUGAGAAAUAUGCACAGAAUUAUGAGCUUGCUGCACGCACAAUCAAAGAAACUAUGGAUAAGAAGUUCGGCACCUACUGGCAUGUAGUGGUGGGCGAAGGAUUCGGCUUUGAAGUGUCGUACGAAACGAAAAACAUCUUAUAUCUAUUUUUCGGAGGCAAUUUAGCGAUAGUCGUGUGGAAGUGCUCGUAAUACGUGAUACACACGUGAAUGAUACACGUUACUUUUAAAGUAGUUUUUAUUUUCGAAUCAUUAUAUAUAAAAGACACCAUCGAAGCAUUUUAGCCAUGUUACACUCAAACUGAGCCGUCCGUGAAACUGAAAAUUCUAAUAAAUGGCGAAACACCCACAGAUUUCUCAGGAAAUUUUUAAAAGAAUUGCACUUGUUAAUGAAAAUUGGAUGAAUAUUUUUAUAUCGCUGCACGUAAAUUUGUAAUUUUAAUAAAGCACUUUUAAAACAAAUUUGCUGAUUCAGUAA